AUGCCUUACGGAACACGUUCGCGCAACCGCCCUCGACCAAAUUAUGCAGAGGAUCAAGAUAUGGAUUUCGAAGUCCCCCCGCCACCAGCCAAGCCUGCAUCUGGCAAAAACGCCACGGUCGGUGAUUCGAAGCGGAAUCCACAAGUAAAUGCUGAGACUAAAAAGGCCAAUGUUGAUCCUUCAGUUGCUCGAGUCAAUGGCAUGGACUCGGACGAAAGAUCACCAUCAGUUUCUGGUAAAGAAACAAUUCCAGGAACCUCCUCUUUCUCAACUGUCCCCCCGAAAAAGCGCAAGGCAGCUGGCGCCGCCAAUACUGCCAUUGUUGCAUCUGGAUCUGGUAACACCGCUGCGAAUGCGGCUGCGCAACCCACUACAAAGCGACCGGCAACCUCCAUACCAUUGGCAAACAUGUCUCGUGAGUCUAACAUGAUGACUUUCGAAAAGUCAAAGGCGAUUUUGAAGAAAGGAGGACUUCAAGCGGACGACGGAACAGUAUUAUACGUUGACGAUCACGUAUAUCUCGUCUGUGAACCACCUGGCGACCCUUAUUACCUCUGCAGGAUCAUGGAGUUCUUACACACCAAUUCUGACGAUCCGAAAUCUCCCGUAGAUUCGAUUCGGGUGAAUUGGUUCUAUCGUCCGCGCGACGUACAGCGACUCAACAACGACAGCCGUCUUGUAUACGGUACCAUGCACUCUGACGUUUGUCCCCUCACAUCCCUACGUGGAAAAUGUCAGAUUCUCCAUCGAUCAGAAAUUGACAACCUCGAUGAAUACCGCAAAGGUCCAAAUUGUUUCUGGUUCAGUCAAAUCUUUGAUCGCUUUAUUCGCCGAUUCUAUGAGGUCAUCCCGACUUCACAAAUUAUCAAUGUCCCAGACAAAGUCAAGCGAGCCCUGGAUGAAAGAUGGAAAUUUAUCGCUGUAGAAACCAACAGAGUCAAAGAGCUCACAGCGGCCGUCAAGCUUUGUAAACGGUGUACUCAGUACUGCGCAAGCAAUGAUUCUGUCGACUGCGCAAUAUGUGGCAACUGCUACCACAUGAAUUGUGUCCGACCUCCUCUACCGAAAAAGCCCACACGUGGUUUUGCUUGGGCAUGUGGUCCUUGUGGUCGCGCCGCGGAAAGAAGACUCGAAGCGCGCAACACUCCUCUUGGUGGCGUCGAUGAAGAAGAAGAGAUCAUCGAAGAAGAGGAAGAAGAUCCAGCAUUGUUAGCGAGCACCCGAGCACCGAGCCCUAGUGGUCCUGAUGUAGCCACUGAUCAACACCCUGGUACGCAAGCUGAGAUCGCCAUGGCCAAGAUGUGGCCCUUCAGGUACUUGGGUAUACACUGCAGAGUUGAGGAUGCGCUGCAGUACGACGACCGUGCCAUUUACCCGAGAGCUAGCUCGCGCUUGGGACCACGUCAUCAGGCGAAUGUCAACGUUUGGCAUGGCAGGCCAGUCGAACUAGUGAAGCCUGCUGAUAUCAAAAAGCGCUUCGUUAAGGGUGGAGGCCAGAAGAAGGACACCAAACUUACAAAGGAGACUCUUGCCGCAAUUGAAGCGGAUCGGAAAGAACGAGAGAAGCGUCCAAAAUGGGUCCAAGACGAACCUCCUGGCUAUGUCCACCGAGGAGAAGACUAUGACAACGACGACCCCAGAAACACAGCCAGACUUAUGUUUAAGAUGCCAGAUGAAGACGAUGAACACGCCCCUGCAUCGAGCGAAGCGUUCAUUGACAAAUUCAUGGAUCGCGUCAAAGCUACGGCGAAAUCACUCAAGGUUACGACUUGGGGCUCCAAUCUCCAAGACAAAGCGCUUGAGUUGUUGAUCCAGAACAAAUACGACGCAGAUAAGGCAAUCGAACAACUAUCAAGGGUCGAUCGCGUCAAAGAUCUCAAGGAACCCAUACUCACGCCAGACGAACUGAAGAAGUUCGAAGAGGGCGUGACGAAAUACGGCUCAGAGCACAGAUCAAUCCGACUACACAUGAAAACCCAUCACCCUACAUCUACGAUUAUUCGCUUUUACUACCUUUGGAAGAAAACACCCCGCGGCCGACAAGUUUGGGACAACUAUGGUGGUCGCAAGGGACGAAAGCGCCAGAACAUGGAUCCUGCUGGUAAACUUCAAGCCGAGGUCGCCGAUGAUUUGGACGAUUCUGCAUUCGACACCGACAAAGCUCGAACCCAAAAGAGAGGGUUUGAGUGUAAGCAUUGCUCUACACGACACUCUCGACAGUGGCGCAGAGCCCCUGGUGUUACUCCUGGCCAGACUGUACCUUCUGGUGAGGGUAAAGCGAGCAAGGAUAAGAGCAAUCGUCUGCUUCUGGCACUGUGCGGAAGAUGCGCUGGACUUUGGAGAAGGUACGCGAUCGUCUGGGAAGACAUUGAUGAAGUUACCAAGAAGGCUGUCCAAGCUGGUGGACGCGCUUGGAAGCGCAAGCUCGACGAAGAGGUUGUGCGCGAAAUCUUGGCGUCCAAUGAGGCUGCGUCAGUGGAUCCGAGCAUUGUCGUUCAAUCAGUCGAGGGAGCGGAGCCACCAAAGAAGAAAACCAAGGUUGCUUCUGAUGGCGCUGACAAGAAGAAAGCACCCAAGCUUCCAACACCUCCUCCACCACCCAUUGUGCCCGACCAGCCUAGAUGGAGGGAACUACCAUGUUUCGUCUGUAACGUCCUCGAAUCAGCAGGCGAACGUCCCAUCGUGUGCUCACACUGCAAGCUCAGUGUACACAAGAGGUGUUAUGGUCUUUCAACUCAAGUCGUCCCAACAAAAUGGGUCUGUGACCAGUGCACCAAUGACAGAACACCAGCAGUGUCUACUGAAUAUAUGUGCACCUUGUGCCCGAUCGAAGCGACAGCACACGAAAUGCUUGAGGCGCCUAGAGUCACACACAAGAAGAAGUCAGACCGGGAGCGUGAGAAGGAGAAGUUGGAGAAAGAGCUCAUGGACAGCGUGCAGCUGGAAUAUAACAAGAAGCAGGCCAACCUUAAUCGUCCCAGUCAGCCCAGAGAGCCAUUGAAGCGCACUGAUGGCAACAACUGGGUCCAUGUCCAAUGCGCGAUUUGGACGCCUGAAAUCAAAUUCAGCGAAGCAAGCCUUUUGGAGAGGGCUGAAGGAUUUAGUGCUAUCCCAUUGGAACGAUACGAGGCGACAUGCAAGGUUUGCAAGAAGAACGAUCACGGCGCUUGUGUCUCUUGUCUGCAGUGUCGUGCCAACUUCCAUGUUGGCUGCGCGAUACAGGCUGGAUACACUUUGGGUUUCGAUGUGACGCCAGUCAAAGGCUCGCGCAAGGAUCAAGUCAUCACAGCAACCCUUGGCGAAGAAACUGGAUCCCUCACCGCCGCCAUCUGGUGUAAGGAGCAUGCCAUCAAGACUCCGGUACAUCCUAUCAGCGAGGCGGCCGACGACAAAAGCAAGAAUGCUUUACAGGUGUUUGUCGAAAACUACAAGCAGGCAGAUCCAACACUUACUGGAACUGCUCGAAAAGCCAACCUGCUGAGUCAAUCAACAAAGUUAGCCUCGCAAGCAAUCCCUGCAAAUGCAGCAACGAAUCGUCGUAUUUCGACAGCAAGCAACAUGGCACGAUCUGCACGCGACUCUCCAGCAGGAGCUUCAAGGACUGACGAGUUGGAUGGUGUGAGCUCUGCUGAGGACGAGCCUACAAAGACUUGUCUGAAAUGUCACACCGACACAAGUCCUAGAUGG